GCCGUAAAUAUGGAAGUACAUAAGAACAUGAUAGGCCAAGCUAUUUCUAUAGACCCUCUCUUGAAUAAUUCACCCACACAGGGGGACAUAUCUGCAUCCAUGAUUCAAAUGUCACCAUGCGAUGAGUCUGACAGUGAUUUCGAUGAGGAGCAAUUCGCUAAUGUUGAUGAAGACGUUAUCAAUGUUGCUGCCUUUGGGAUGCAGGAACUAAAUUGCCCCUCCUCAAAUGUCGUUACACAAGAAGAGAUUUUUGAAAAUCAUAAAAUUAAGCAUCCUAGUGAGAGAAGAGACACUUUCAUGCCCAGUAAUCAUUCUAAAGAGGAUGAUAUUCACUCGUCCAGUAAUUUAACUGACAAAAAUGCCACAAAGAGCUUUAAACAGAAUGAGAACCAAAGGUAUCCAACUUUGAUCAAGGAGGAAGGAAGUGGAUCUCUCAUAUCAAAUAAUAUCUCCCGCAUUAGAGAUAGUUCAAAUUCCAAAAAGACUCCCUUAAGAUUUAAGGAGGAUCAAAAUACAAUUACCUUCGAUAUGAGUCCAGAUAUAGAACUCAGCUACAAAUCACCUAGCAAGGAAGGCCAUAAUCAAAUAUCAUUAACAAAGUUAAGUGGGAUGAAAAGUAGCGACAAAGAGAAUUCUUCAGUCAAAAAGCAUCAGAAGAGAUCACCUAGCUACAAGACUGCCACCAAAACUCAGAUCAAGAACUUCCUGAAUAAUAUAGAAUGUAUGGGCAAGAAUGCAGACUCCAAAAAUGGGAAAAGCAUAAAUAAUGCAGGAUCGCACUUGAAAAGUACUUCAAAGUAUAAUAGCCCUGGUUAUGCAAGCAGUUCUUCAAGGAUUUCUAACCUUAGCAAGCGUAGAGUAAAGCCAUCUAAAAUGAAAACCUCCAAAUCUUCUUUAUGUAUUAGUGCAAAAGAUCGAGGGAGAAAUAAAAGCUCUGUGAACAAAACAAUUUCUCUUCAUAAGCCUGAGACUGAUGAACUCAAAAUGAAAUGAUACCAGAAAGCCAAGCAAAUGAUGCUCGAUGGUGGCAUCAUCCCAACUAAUGUCGAUAAAUAACUACAUUGCACCCAAGAAGCGCCUCUUGUCAAGCUCUAAAGGCAGAAAGACUAGCCAGGCUUCUCCUCCAAAGUUCACACCGUUUCCUAACAAGUAUUCCAAGAACAACAUCAGAGAAGCGCUUUACCAGAAAGAGUCCAAAGAACUCGAAGUCAUCAAAGAGUGAACAUUCAGUCCCCACAUUUCAUACCCGAACCCAGAUGUACGAGAUGCAGACACUUUCUACAGCGAUCAGCAGCUUCACGAGCGAGCCAAGAUCGCCAAGCUGUGUCAGAAAGACCGCCAACACAGACUGGCUGAGAAGGCCACCCACAGGCCGUUCUUAAGCAAGCUUUCAAAAGAAAUGGCUCAGAAAUCAAGAACAGACCAGCCCGUUCAUGAGAAGCUAUACUCGGAGGCGCAACGCAGCGACAAGAAGCUUCAGGAAGGAGUAGGAGUGCUCAUGACCAUCAAGGACUCGUACAAACGAAGCAAGCCUAGCAGUUCCAGAGGCACUUCCAUCGAUGAGUACUUGUACAAUGAUGCUUUGUUGCGCAAAUAAGUCGAAGGAACGAAACUGCAGGCGAACAGCUCCAAAGCAGACAACCUCGAUGUCAAGCAAGGCAUCAGAGAAGUAUGCCAUGGACAAGCUCGUCAAAGAGAUCACCCACUACUGGGCCAUGAUUGUCAGAGACCACAGUAAUAACGAUCUUAACAGCCAUGAUGGACACAGUUUCGUAGGCUCAGGCACCUCAGGUAACUCUGAACCAUCAAAUGCAAGUGCUGGAUACAGACUCGACCUGAGUGAAACUGCACUGCUUCUGACAUCUCUGGGGUAUUUGUCAAAGUCAUCCACAGAAUGUGGCCAUGAGAGAGACUUGUUUUACGAAUUGUGGACAUUGCUCCGAGGAGAACACUCAGCUGGAAUCACUCUGGCUACUGCCAAGACCAUCUUGCUCACAAUCGAAGGACUCCACAAAGGCUCCACAGACGACGGGUCCAUUGAACAUCCACGCCAUGUGCAGAAUAUCGGCCAGAUCAUGAACAGCGACAACUCCGACUGUGUCAUUACGAAGAAGCAGGCUCUUGCAAUACAAAAGUCUUUUAGGAGGCUGGCGCUGAACCGUAUACAGAGUAAGCCCAAGGGAGGCCUGAUCAAGUCAGAAGGAUUGAUCAAGGACGAGUGAAGCUUUAAGCCAGAAAUAAGUUCGAAGACAGCAAGGCUGGCGAACAGGAAGGGACCAUCAUCAUAUAGGAUCCAAGAGUCGAUUAAUUCGACAUCCCAGAAGAAUCAAGAAUGGAGGGAGAAACAGAUGGAUAAAUUGAUGAAGCUCAGAAUGAGAGAAUGAACAUUUACUCCUGAAAUAUGUGAGAACAAUCAUGCUUCUUCUAAAUUUAUGGGAGAAGGAUAUAAAUAGCGCUCACAAAUCUACUGCGAGAAAAGUACGUCCGUCUAGCCAGAACAAAUAUUGAAGGAGAACCCAACGGUUUAAACCCUUGAUGCAUAAAAGCCAAACAUCUGCAAAAUUUGAUGUUGUAGCUACCCCUCAUACCAAGAGUAAUUCUAAUGACAAAAAUAUCCCACAUGAACAAACUGAUUCAAGUGAUCCAGAGAAUGCUAAUAAGAACACUAAAACUUCAGAGAUUGAUACUGAAAAGAGAGAUGUCUCUCCUAAUCAAGACUUAACAGAUGUUCAAAAUGCAGGAAACUCCUUGCAAAACAAUUUAACAAUCAAGGAUCCUCUUCAAACUAUCUCUGAUAAGUGACCUCCAAAGGAUUUGCUUGGGCCAAGCACUACUGAAAGAAAAGACUUUUUCAAAUCUGUUUAUAAUCUUGAAGACCACUUACUCGAUUUCGUCAACGGUAAAUCCUCAAAAUCAACCAAAGGGGACAACGAAGAGUCCAAAUCAGAUGCAAACUCAGGAGAGACUCCAGUCAUUGAACACUGUGAAGAGCUUGAAGAUUAUGAGAAAUCAGAUAGUAACAACCAAGAUCAAUUAGAUAUGCUCCAGAAAAUCUUUAACGACAGCGGACAGCCAAAAGACAAUGAAAAUGAGAUAGAGACAAGGACUUCAGAGUUCCCUCAACAAGUUCAAAAACAGGCUACUUUCGGAGGUUGAGAAGAAGUACCUCAGGAACAGAAAGUUGAAGAGGAAGACCAUAAAACCACUUUUGAAGACAUGAGUUUCUCGAAAUCUGAAGAAGUUCCUCAGUCGAUAAAUCCCUCAAGUUUACCCCCAGUGCCUCCUAAGACUCAUAGUCCCUUACUUUUUGUUGAUGUGAAUCUAGGUCCUUCCAGAAUGGAACGAAUAGUGGUUUAUGAAGGUGAUACAGCAACUGCCCUUGCUGAAAAGUUUACUAAACAGCAUAACCUUAACCCAUUAAUGAAACAGAAGCUAAUAGAGCUCCUAAACUUUGAGAUAUCAGGAAUUUUGGAAAGAAUUGAUGAGGAGAACAGCGACUUUUGAUCUUCCGAAAGCUUCAACAGUAGCUUCCAAAAUAAUAAUUUUUAA